GAGGUACACAUAUAAAGCAAUGGAGAAUCAAACCCAAGGGAAUUGAAAAAGAAUGAUUCCGCCUACCUAGCCAGCUAGAAGAGAUCAACGUACGCACGUUCUUAGAGUUUCAUUUCCAUGGAUCAAAGCAAGGCAGCCGGAGCUGAUCAUCAGGCCAAACGUACUUACGAGGACUUUGAACCCUUCUGCAAAUGGCAUAACCGCGACAAUGUUGUUGAGGUCCAUAUUCAAGGUUUCAGAAAGGAACACCUAAGUGUCCGUACCACUCAGACGGGGAUGCUUACAAUCCAUGGAGAACGUCCAUUGGACCAAACUAAAUCUACAUGGAGCCGUUUCCACAAAGAAAUUAAGCUUCCAAACAACUGCGACACAAAUAGAGUUGCUGCAAAGUUUGCUGCAGGAGUUCUUACAAUAACAAUGCCUCCCAAAGUUGCACCACCUCAACCUCAAUCUCCAGAAGAUCAGAAACAACAGCUUAGCAAUCAUGAAAAGUUACCAGAACCAAGCAACAAUGAUACUCAAACAAAUAAUGAUAAAGCGAUAGCUAAACUCAUUAAACAAAAUCCGGACAAGCAGCCAACCACCGAUGAAAAUGCUGCAUUGCUUGAUGAAGAGGUUAAGCCAGGAAGCUGCUGCGAAUUCGGGCAAAAGAGUACUUUAGCUUCGAAGAAUUGGAAGGUGAAACUCGUGUUGGUGGUUGCCGUGGUGGUCUCUUUUGGUUUCGGGGCAUAUAUCAGAUACAAACACGGCCAUUACUCAUAUAGCUGGGAGCAGACAGACUAGAUCUUAAUCAUCCUAUUGUGUCACAAUAUCCAAGCUUGUAUAUAUUAAACAUUUCCUUUUAAUUUGUAAGUUGUAACCCGUUAAUAAUGUAAGAUUAGUACAUAUAUUGAAAUUAAAUUUCUUCUAAUUUUACACUUUGAAAAUUCUACUAUGCACGCAUGUAUACAUACAAAGAUCUGACGGUCAAUGAUGAUGAGAGAGGAGAUACUUAUGACUUGCACAUUAUUUGCUUUAUAUGUAUAGUUGAAUUUUGCUUUAUACUUUAGCCGAAUGAUACAAAGAGUCACCGACCAAUCAAUUGCGGGGAUAGCUCAGUUGGGAGAGCGUCAGACUGAAGAUCUGAAG